UGAGCAUAAAACUCGUAGAUGUGUCUGAGAGCGUAGAUCAGCAAGGCGCAUCCCGCCAGAGGACACGGGUUGACUUGAUCAAGAUGCAUCGGCUGGCUAGCAUCCGCGCGUGCUGUUCUGUGUCGAUUUCGAUGACCAGGAAAGGUCGUGAUGUAUCGCAUUGCUCUGGUAUGGCGAUCGAGAAACCAAAGAGCUCGGCAAUAGACUGGAGCUCUGGGACUCGGAAAUCGGGAUGGCUCUGAGCAAAAACGAUGAGAUAGACGGGCAUCUCGCGGCAAGAUCGAGGAUCGGGUCUGUUCCUUCGUGACUUGCUUGCAAAGAAAAGCGAAGAUCUUUCGGUGCGGUGGUGAAACCGGCUUUUCCUAAUCAGGUUGCGCUCGUGGGUCACGUGCCACCGCGACGCGACUUCAUUUGAGUUUCCGGCACUCUCGAUCAUAUGUCCGACCUUGAUAGUUUCGCAGAUGCCGCGAUCAGGUCCAUCGAGGAGCCAAUGACCGAAGAAUCCCUCCUCGUCCUCCAAUCCAUUUUCCCGCGGUCUUUAAUCCUCGCUGCUCUGGAUCUCUUGGACAGAAAAAAUG